CCGUGGUACACACAGGAAAGCGUGACAGGCUAGUUGUUGUGGAAAUGAAUGACUUUAUAAAUAUAUUUUCAGCAGGACAGUGGAAUUGAUUCGUGCUAUUGCCAUACGGACGAGUUUCGAAUGACUCACUAGGUAUUUUCACAAGAUUUUUGCAUUCGGCGUUAGCAACUGCAACAGUAUUUUGUUGUGGAGUAUUUAUUUAGCUAUUCCAUGCCACCAAUAUCAUUCAGUGUCUGCUAAACUAUGGAUCCAAAUGUAAUGUCGGUGUAGAUAGGUCUUUAUUCACACUGUUUACAUAAGUUAACAGAUGUUGGGGAGAAUAUUUCUAAACCCUACUAUUGGCAGACUACGUUAUUGGAACACGAGGCAUCUCUUAACCAUGCAGUUGAAAACCAAGGAGUUCCAGUCACUGUUUACAGAUGGCUUGAAAGGCAUUGCAGAACUCUUCCAGAAGAAUCAAUAUGAGUUGAGGAUCGCUGGAGGGGCGGUGCGAGACCUGUUGUCGGGGAAACGGCCGGAGGACGUAGACUUCGCCACCACUGCCACCCCGGAGGAGAUGAAGACCAUGUUUCAGGCAGCGGGGAUCCGCUUGAUCAACAACAAGGGCGAGAAGCACGGCACCAUCACAGCCCGGCUGCACAAUGAAAACUUUGAGGUGACUACCCUGCGUGUGGAUGUGCAGACGGACGGACGCCAUGCUGAGGUCGAGUUCACCACGGACUGGGAGAAGGACGCUGAACGCAGAGACCUCACCAUCAACUCCAUGUUUUUAGGACUAGAUGGUACUCUGUACGAUUACUUCAGUGGAUACGAAGACCUGCAGAACCGUAAAGUUCGCUUUGUUGGCAGUGCUGCCCUGAGGAUACAGGAGGACUACUUGAGAAUUCUUCGAUAUUUCCGGUUCUAUGGUCGAGUGGCGUCGGAACCGGGAGAGCAUGACUCGGAGACCCUGGAUGCCAUCAGGGAGAAUGCGCGCGGCCUGGCGGGUAUUUCGGGGGAGCGCAUCUGGGUGGAGCUGAAGAAGCUAGUGACAGGGAACCACGCAGCCCAUCUGCUGGAGCUCCUGUACCAGCUGGACCUGGCUCACUACAUGGGCUUGCCAGCAGAGGGCAAUGUUGGGGAGAUGAAGCGUGUGUGGAGCUGCUCCCACAGCCUGUCCCCCAGGCCCAUGACGGUGGUGUCGGCCCUCUUCCGCGGCAUGGACGACGUGGACAAGCUGGACCUGCGUCUGCGCAUCUCCAAAGAGGAGAAGACCCUCGGCCUCUUCCUGGUGAAGAACAGAUGGGACCUGGUGAGGGGCGACGAUCCUGACGACCGCCUCAGACCCUACACAGACUUCAUCAUUGACAGCCGGGAGGUGGACGUACAGAACAAGGUGUGUGAGCUUCUGAAGUACCAGGGUGAGGAGAAGCUUCUGGCAGAGAUGAGCGGCUGGGCAGUGCCCCGUUUCCCCGUCAGUGGCCACGACCUCCGCAAGCUGGGCAUCACCUCGGGCAAAGAGAUCGGCACCGUGCUGCAGGCCCUCAGGGACACCUGGAAGAAAAGCCGAUACCAGAUGGACAAGGACGAGCUCCUCAGCACCAUACAACAGUCCUGAAACAACAUCAAGCAGUCUUAUGACGCUCCAUAGUACUGUCACAUUACCGCCAAACAGUCCUUAUGAAGUUCCGUCGUAGAGUGCUGCCAAGCAGUCCUUAUGGAGCUCCAUGAUGCUGGCAAGCAGACUUGAUGGAGCUUCAUAGUACUGUGAGGUGUUUCUGAUGGAGUUCCAUACUGUCAAACAGUCAUGAUGGACCUGCAUGCAUACUGCAGGACUAUCAAGCUAUCAAACCUACCUAUCUUGAUUAAAACCCCUCAGUGCAGUGGAACAGACUCAUGGGAAUUGGACACCACAGUACCGUCAAGCAGUCCUGAUUGAGCUCCCCAGUACCUGUACUGCCAAUCAGUUCUGAUUGAGUGCCACAGCACUCUAUACCCAUUCUGAUCAAACGCCUCAGUUACAUUCAUCUUGCCCCAACAAAGCACAUAUUUUACACAUGGUAACUUUGUUGAAACCACAUAUUCAAACCAUGCUCAAAACACAUAUUCAAACUAAGUUCAGAGAAGAGAACAAGAGUUUGAACAAAGAGACAAUUACACUGUAUUGUGUUUUUUUUGGGGGGGGGGGGGCAUGCUUUCAAUCAUUUUUUGGAUUAUAAAAAGCCCAUUUACUGAGCUUUACUGAAGUAAAUGCAAAGGACAUUUAGUGUUGGAAUUUAUUACUAUUAGAAUUGGGGAUUGUAGUUUAUUUUUGGUUCAUAAGAUACAAGUACUGAAAAUGUUGCUCUUAUUAAAAGUGAAAUGCUUUCUUUUGUGUAGAACAUGUACUUCAUGUCCAUGAUGCAUGUUCUAAAUGUAUAAUUUAUUUAUCUGAGAUGCAGGGCAUUGAGAACAUCUGCCAUGAUGCAGAUGUCCUGUGCAGUGCCUUUUGUGUGUAACAAUAAACCGCUUGCACUGAAA